AUGUGCUGGCACCUGGAAUAUACCUUUGUGGCGGCAUACUACAGCAUGAACAAGACUCUAUUUGGCCAGUAUUCAUACAAUGCUAGAGGUAGGAGAGUCCCAUUGCAGGGUAGUACGAACUUCAGUCUUUUUUCCCAUGUCUCGAGGUACAGCGCCGGCAAGGGCAUCAAUAACCUCUCCAGCCACUUCUCCUUGACCCCAUACUCAUUAUUCCCUCAUCUGCAAGAUAUUCAACAUCGCGUGCUCACUGACUUAUCUGUCAUGGAGAACAACAACGAAAGGCAGCAUCCAAAACGUAACGUCCCGCACUUUCAAUCCACAUUCAACAGCUCGUCUUCAGAGAAGCUCGCAGCGCAGAGCGGCGAACAACAUCAACGAAAGUACAGCCCGCCCGCUUUCCACAGGAUACCACGCGAGGAUCGUCAAAUACCACAAUCUGAUGCUCCAGACAUGAACGCUGGCGAUCAGCAUGCACGUGUAAGGAGGUAUAGACGGAGAUCGCCUUCUUUAAGCUCUCAAUCAGACAGCUCUUAUAAUGCGCGACGACACUCCAAGAGCCAAAAUCGCGGUCGAGGAGGACGGUCGCAGACAGGGAGCAGAGCUGUGAACCAAAAUCUGCCACAACAACAGCAGGUUGCACCACCAAAGAGUGGUCUUGAAGCCAUCAUCACUCCACUGCGCCUUGGUAUCCUGCUAGGGUGUUUCGAUAUCAUUGGUGGUUCGUUGUCGGUAUGGAUGACCAAGAAACGAUUCGCCAAAGGCGCACAGCAGGGCGUUGCCACCAGUGGCGGACAGCAACAACACACAGCUACCGGUGAAAAGCGAUCUCGUGUCAGUUCAAAUCGCCCGCGCCAUUCAACAACAACACUUCGCCGGGAGGAUAGAAGGCGAUACCACCCAUACGAUUCGGAGUCUACUUCAGAAACGGACUCAGAUUACGAUGAAAGACUGCGGCGGACAGCAGAGCAUGUCAGAGAGCAGAGACGAUUGGACUAUGAGCGUGACCGCGGGUUCGCGCGCAUGCCCCAGCAGGCUAGAGAUUCGCAGGGUUGGCAUAGCAGGAGACGCUAA